CUGGACGGAGUGCUGGUGGUCGACAAGCCCUCCGGUCCCACCUCGCAUGAUGUCGUGGCGGCGGCCCGGCACGCGCUCGGGCUUCGCAAGGCGGGUCACCUGGGCACGCUCGAUCCAUUGGCGACCGGGGUGCUGCCUCUGGUCGUGGGGCGCGCCACCAGGCUCGCUUCGUUGUUCGCCGAAGCCCGCAAGCAAUACGAUGCGGUGAUCAGGCUGGGAUUGAUUACCGACAGCUUCGAUAUCACCGGUUCGAUCGUGGGCGGCUCCGGAGCCGGCCUCCUGGACCCGUCGAGCCAGACGCGGGCCGCCUGGCCUGACGCCGGGGUCAUCUCUGCUGCGGCCGAGGACUUCGUCGGCUCCUAUCUGCAACGACCGCCACCCGUUUCGGCGAAGAAGAUCGGUGGGGUGCGCGCCUACGAGCUUGCACGGCGGCACCAGCCGGUCGAAAUCAGUCCGGUGCCUGUGACCGUCGAAUCGCUCACCCUGCUGGCCGUCGAGGCACACCGGGUGCGCUGUCGCGUCGUCUGUUCCAGCGGCUUCUACGUCCGGUCGCUCGCGCACGACCUCGGCGGGAAGCUUGGAUGCGGUGGAUGUCUCGAGACCCUUCGCCGUGAGCGUCAUGGCCCGUUCCGGCUCGACGACGCAGUGCCGCUGGAAGCGUUGAUGGACGCCGGCGACGCGGUGGCAGCCCGGCUGGUGCCCAUGCGCGACCUGCUUCCCGACCUGCCCCGGGUGGUCGUCAACGCCCUGGGCGCGCGUCGAGCGGCGCACGGUAAUCCGCUGGGGCCAGGCGAACUCGUUGUGGCCAGCCUCCCAACCGACCUGGCGGGCGCCCGGAUCCGCGUGCUGGACGAGACCGGCAGGCUGCUGGCCAUCGCAGAAUCGGGGGCCGAUGGCGUUUUGCGUCCCAAGAUCGUUCUAGUGUAA